AUGGAGGCCAGCAGGAAGCUCAUUUACAGACAAAGGCAAGUCGUUCUUUUCUGUUUCUUCUUGGGUUUUUCUCAGGCGGGCGCGGAACCUAGGCGUUAUUCUGUAGUGGAGGAAACUGAGGGCAGCUCCUUUGUUACCAACAUAGCAAAGGACUUGGAUCUGGGACAGAGGGAACUCAUCAGGCGUGGGGCUCGGGUCAUAUCCAAGGGAAACAAACUGCGUUUGCAACUCGAUCUGGAGACUGGAGAUGUGGUGCUAAAUGAGAAACUGGAUCGUGAGGAACUGUGCGGCGACACAGAGCCCUGUGUGCUACCUUUCCAGAUUUUGCUAGAAAACCCCUUAGAGUUUUUUCAAGCUGAAUUGCAAGUAAUAGACAUAAAUGACCACGCCCCAUUGUUCAUGGACAGAGAAAUAUUACUAAAAAUAUCAGAAAGCAGUCCUCCUGGGACUACCUUUCCUCUGAAAAGUGCCAAGGAUGUGGAUGUAGGUGGAAAUAAUAUUAAGAAUUAUGUCAUCAGCUCCAACUCCCACUUUCAAGUCCUCACCCGAAAACGCAGCAACAAUAGUACAUAUCCAGAGCUAGUGCUGGACAAAGUGCUAGAUCGUGAGAUGGAACAUGUGCUCAUGUUAACCCUCAUGGCCCAGGAUGGUGGCUCUCCUCCUCGAUCGGGAACAGUCCAGGUCCACAUUGAAGUCCUGGACACCAAUGACAAUGCCCCUGAAUUUGAGCAGCCUCUAUAUAAGGUACAGGUCCCUGAGGACAGUCCCAUAGGCUUCAUGAUUAUCCGGGUCUCUGCUACUGACAUAGAUAUAGGAGCCAAUGGAGAAAUUUCUUAUUCAUUUUUUCAAGUUUCAGAGGAGAUUAGCAAAACUUUUGAAGUAAAUCCCAGUACAGGAGAAAUGAGACUGAAUAAACAACUUGAUUUUGAAACAGCUCCGUCUUAUGAAGUUAAUAUGGAAGCCAGAGAUGCUGGAGACUUUUCUGGAAAAUGUAUUGUUUUGGUUCAAGUCAUGGAUGUGAACGAUAAUGCCCCAGAAAUAUCCAUUACUGCGUUUACCGGUCUGAUCGCUGAGAACUCGCCUGAAACUGUGGUUGCAGUUUUCAGUGUUUCAGAUCUUGAUUCAGAAGAAAAUGGAAGAACAGAGUGUUCCAUUCAGAAUGAUCUGCCAUUCCUCCUGAAAUCUUCUGUCGAAAACUUUUACACUCUAGUAACAGACAGACCUCUGGACAGAGAGAGUAGAUCUGAGUACAAUGUCACCAUCACCGUCAUGGACUUGGGAACCCCAAGACUAAGAACACAGCUCAAUGUAAUCAUCCUGGUCUCGGACGUCAAUGACAAUGCACCCACCUUCUUCCAAACCUCUUAUACUUUGUUUGUUCGCGAGAACAACAGCCCCGCCCUGCAUAUAGGUACUGUUAGCGCCACAGAUCAAGACUCUGGCACCAAUGCCCAAAUCACCUACUCGCUGAUGCUGUCCCACGACCCGAAAUUCCCUCUGGCCUCCUUGGUCUCCAUCAACGCAGAUAACGGGCAACUGUUCGCUCUGAGGUCUCUGGAUUACGAGGCCCUGAGAGCGUUCCAGUUCCGCGUGGGCGCGGUAGAUGCAGGCUCUCCAGCUCUGAGCAGCGAGGCGCUGGUGCGCGUAGUCGUGGUGGACGAUAAUGACAACUCGCCCUUCGUGCUGUACCCUCUACAGAACGGCUCUGUGCCCUGCACCGAGCUGGUGCCCAGGGCGGCUGAGACGGGCUACCUGGUGACCAAGGUUGUGGCUGUGGACGGCGACUCGGGCCAGAAUGCCUGGUUGUCCUACCAGCUGCUCAAGGCCACAGAACCCGGGCUGUUCAGCGUGUGGGCACACAACGGCGAGGUACGUACCACCAGGCUGCUGAGUGAGCGCGAUGCAGCCAAGCACAGACUGGUCGUGCUGGUUAAGGACAAUGGCGAGCCUCCAAUGUCGGCCACCGUCACGCUGUUGGUGCUCUUGGUAGACGGUUUCUCGCAGCCUUAUCUGCCGCUCCCUGAGGUGACCUCGGAAGAGACCCAAGCGGACUCGCUCACGGUCUAUUUAGUCAUUGCCUUGGCUUCCGUCUCAUCGCUCUUCCUGUUCUCAGUGCUUUUGUUUGUGGCGGUGCGACUGGGCAAGAGGCACAGGACGACCUCAAUGAAUCACCUCUCAGUGCCUCAGAGCCACUUUCCGGGCCACUUGUUAGAAGUCAGCAGGACUGGAACACUAUCGCAUAAUUACCAGUAUGAGGUUUGUCUGACAGGAGGCUCAGGGACCAGUGAGUUCAAAUUUCUGAAGCCGAUUUUACCCAAUUUCCAAAAUCAUUCCCCUGGGUCAGAAAUAGAAGAAAACCCCAACUUUAGGAAUGAUUUUGGUUUCAGUAUUCAGUAA